AUGCCUCCCUCCCUGAAACGCAACUCCGGCUUCAUUCAGCUACAGGGCAGCGGAACCAACAAUAUGAACGACGAAGGCAUCCAGCUCACCACCGUCAAGAGCAAUGUCUCGACCGGCGCUCGCAAGCCCACGAUGGGCAACGUCUCCACCAACGGCUCGGACUUUGAGAAGGAGAAGAGCGGCCUUCACUUCAUAAGCCGUGGGCGCAGAAAGACUGGCAGCGAGAAGCUUGGCCGUCGCGGUACUGGCGACAGCGACGACGAGCCGGCCCGCCUCAACUUCAUGGGCCGACUCUAUACCAAGCUCUUUAGCUUCUCCAUUGUCUCGCGAUACUUGGUUUACAUUGUCCCCGUUGCCAUUAUCCUCGCCGUCCCCAUCGUCCUCUUGGCUGCUCUUGGUAAAAAGGAGACCAACAGGCUGCCCGAGAGUGAUGAUCCGGCACUGGAAGGCCCGCCCUUGUUCAGACUGUUCCUUUGGAUCGAAAUCACCUGGUGCACGGUCUGGGUAGCCAAGUUGGUUGCGUACUGCCUUCCGCAGACUGUCAUGACUUUCGUUGGUGUGGUCAGUGCGGGAACUCGCAAGUACGCCGCUGUCUUGACUAGCCUUCAGCUUCCCCUCUCUUUGUUCUUCUGGGCCCUGGCCGUCUGGUUGACGAACAUUAAUCUUUUCAAGCAAUGGAACGACCUGGGCUGGAUCAAGGUCCUGAACCGAAUCUUUGGGUCUCUUUUCGUCUCGUCCGCAGUUUUUCUGGGCGAGAAGGCAAUUGUCCAGGUCAUUGCCGUCUCGUACCAUCAGCGCUCAUUUGCCAACCGUAUCAAGGAGUCCAAGAGAGAAGUUCACCUGCUCGGUAUGCUUUAUGAUGCCUCCAAGGCCCUCUUUCCCAUGUACAGCCCCGAGUUCGUGGAAGAGGACUAUGUCAUCAACGACACCAUCGAGGCCAAGCUUGGGGGAGCCAGGCACGCACGCGGCAAGUCUGGUGUUGUCAACCCCACUAAGCUGAUUGGUGAGGUCGGUCGCUUUGGUGACAAGGUUACUUCUGCUUUUGGCAACAUCGCCUCCGAGAUCACUGGGAAGAAGGUGUUCAACCCCAACUCGACCCACUCCAUCGUUCUCGAAGCCCUCGAAAAGCUCAAGUCGUCAGAGGCGUUGGCCCGUCGUAUUUGGAUGUCUUUUGUUGUCGAGGGAAAGGAUGCUCUCUACCUUGAAGAUGUGGCCGAAGUGCUUGGACCCCAGUUCAAAGCCGAAGCCGAGGAAGCCUUCAAUGCCCUGGAUGGCGAUGGCAAUGGAGACAUCAGUCUGCAAGAAAUGAUCCGCAAAGUUGUGGAUAUUGGCAAAGAGCGAAUCGCAAUCGCUGAAGGCAUGAAGGAUAUCGGACAGGCCCUCAGCGCGUUCGAUCGAGUUCUCCUGUUUGUGGUGUUGUUGAUUGUUGUUUUCAUCUUCCUGUCUUUCUUCCAAAGCAGCGCCGUCACGACCAUUGCGUCUGCUGGUACCACCCUGCUCUCUCUGUCUUUCAUCUUCGCCGUGACUUGCCAGGAAUUCCUUGGUUCUUGCAUCUUCCUGUUUGUCAAGCACCCUUACGAUGUCGGUGACCGCGUCUACAUCAGCGACGUUCAGCUCAUUGUCGAGAGAAUCUCCCUUCUCUACACUGUCUUCACUCGCACCUCCACCGGCCAGAUCACUCAGGUGCCCAACAUUCAACUCAACAACCUGUGGGUUGACAACAUCACCCGUAGUAAGGCCAUGUCUGAGAGCAUUGCGAUUGACGUGUCUUUCGACACUACAUUUGAAGAGGUUGAGCUCUUGCGCCAGGAGAUGGAAUCCUUUGUCCGCUCACCCGAAAACUCGCGCGACUUCCAGCCCAACUUCACCAUUGGUAUUGGUGGCGUUAAUGAUCUCGACAAGCUCACCCUCAAGUUUUCCAUCCUGCAUAAGUCUAACUGGAACAACGAGAUGGUUAGGGCUACUCGUCGAUCCAAGUUCAUUUGUGCCUUGGCAACUGCUUUGAAGAAGAUCCCAAUCUAUGGCCCUGCCGGUGGUGCUGAUGCUCUUGGCGGCCCUAGCAAUCCUACAUACUCUGUUGCCGUUUCCGAUGACUUCGCUACAAGGGCCCGCGACGAGAGUGCAAAGAAGAAGGAAGAAGCUCGCUUUGUUCCUCUGGACAAGAAGGAGGAGGAAGCUAUUGAGAACAUUAGCGCCCGUCCUCCAGUGGUUGAAAUGGCGGGCACAGGUACCAACUGGGACAAUCACACUCUGCACCCUGAUGGCGACAAUGGUCGCUCGAUGUCCUUGGAUAUUCCUCGAAAUGAUCUAGUGAAGCGCUCAAGCACCGGUGGCGGUCGUCGUAAGGCCGGUGAUACCCUGCCAGCUCACUCCGCGAGCCUCCGAGGAGCAGCGCCCCCGGUUUCGCCAACACAUAGCCGCCUAGACACCUUCGAUGAGGAGGCCCAGAUGGGGUUGUAUCCCACCACCUCAUACCAGUCUACCCACGGAGCGGGCCUAUCAGCUACUCAGACACAAGGGUCCAUCCACCCCAGCCAGUCGCAGCAGUCUCAACAGCAGCGAUACCCCCCGGGGUACCAAGGGCCACCACCUCCCGCAGGCCAGCGCUAA